AUGAAAAAAGGUGUGGGAAUGAUCUAAUAGCUUGAAGUCCACACAUUUUCAAUUCACGGUCUAUCUCUUUUCAAAUUUCAGUUGGAUUUCUUCGCUUCUACUCUUUUUUUGUUCCUUUUUUGGUAAGAUGUUCAUGCGUUGUCGAUCGAGUAAAGGGUCUCCCCAGAAAAUCAGAAGUUAAAACACUACGAAUCAUGUUCAUCAGCAACCUCCGUUGCGAUCCAACCCGUUUUGUGUAUAUUAAAAACCCAUUUCCCAGUUCAUACAAAUCUUCCGAAACUAUCAUUUCUUCCCCUUUUGUUCGUCUCUGCUGCAUUUGAUUUCAAAAUCCUCUGAAGUUUGUGGGGUUUUGGUGUUUUCAUCUGGGUGUGAAAUCGAUCGCACUAAUUGAUUUCGUGAAAGAAAGGGUUUCUGUGAUUCAGUGGGUGGGGGACUUCUUGUGCAUUGGUAAUGUUCUUGACGACGGCGGCGCUUUGCUGUUGAAGCGACGGAGGAGUGUUCUUGUGGUUUAAAAUUUCUUGUUGAUGAUUCUUCACGGCUCCGUCUUCUCCAUUUGCAGGGAUGCUGCUGGAGUCGCCGGGCACAUCUUUGCUUUUGGGCUGUUCUUGUCACCUCUAGAUACGUUUCGACGUGUUAUUCGAAACCAAACAACCGAACAGUUUUCGGGUUCGCCAUAUAUAUAUGCUUUGUUGAACUGCCUCAUUUGUCUAUGGUAUGGCACCCCCCUCAUUUCCCCACGAAACACAAUGGUCAUGACGGUCAACUCGAUCGGCGCGGUGUUUCAGUUAGUCUACAUCUUUCUCUUCAUAGCAUAUGCUGAAAAGGGAAGAAAGAUGAAAAUGCUUGGAUUGUUGCUUGCAGUGUUUGCCAUUUUUAUAGCUAUUGUUGCAGGGAGCUUACAGAUAGCAAACGUCCCUUUGCGACGAAAUGUCGUCGGGAUCUUGAGUUGUGCAUCUCUCGUGUCGAUGUUUGCUUCUCCAUUGUUCAUAAUCAAUUUGGUGAUUCGAACAAAGAGUGUGGAGUUUAUGCCGUUUUAUCUCUCUCUUUCGACCUUCCUCAUGAGCGUAUCGUUCUUCCUCUAUGGACUGUUCAAUUACGAUCUGUUCGUUUAUGCACCAAAUGGGAUUGGAGCUGUGUUGGGGAUAGUACAAUUGGUAUUGUACUUCUACUACAGUCGAGCCGCUACAGAGGAGCCUAGAGAACCUCUACUCGUAUCGUACUCGUAAAUACGUGCAUUGUGUAUUUACAUAGUUAUAAUAAGGUAAGACUCCAUGUAUGUACUCUUUUUGUCGAUUCUCGAGCCCCCACGGAGCUCAAUUGUAAUAGCUCAAGCCCACUGCUAGCAGAUAUUGUCUGCUUCAGCCCAUUACGUAUCGUUGUU